AUGGCACGACACUUACCAUACGCAGAAAAAGGGAAAGCAAUCGACUCUCAACCAACCAAGGCGCCUCCGUUCCGUAUCAGGGCCCCAGAGAUCGACACGACCCAAGCUAUUCUCGACAAUGAACUCACUCUCAUCGGUAGACUCACAAACCCAAAGGAACAAAAAAUCUGGCGUUUAAUCCCAUUCUUAACUCGUCGGUGGAGCGCAAAGGGGGCUGUCUCCUGCUCCGACCUUAGCCAGAGUUGCUUCCAAGUGAGAUUUGAAAGCAAAGAAGACCUCGACUACAUCUUGGCUCACGGACCAUACCACUACGCUCGAUGGAUGGUGAUUAUUCAGCAGUGGGAACCUAUCAUAUCUCCAAACUACCCCUCGCAGAUUCCUCUUUGGAUAGAGCUAAAAAGCCUACCCCUUCACUACUGGAGGAAAGAAAUGAUCUAUAAAAUCGGAGGAGAGCUUGGCCAUCUUGAUGACUACGAAGUGACUCCUCUGGUAGCAAGAAUCAGGGUUACGAUUGAUGGUCUGAAACCGCUGAUCAAGGAAACCAUUGUUGAGUUUGAUUCGGGUGAGGAAACUAUUGUCUCACUGGAGUAUGAAAAACUUGCAAACCAUUGUCAAUUGUGCUACAGUCUACAUCAUGAAGAACACCAAUGUCAAAACCAAAGCGACCAAGAGUCAUAUCAUCAGGCACCGGGGACUAAAGACAACGCAGCCAGGGAGAUCAGACAACAGCUACCUGAACCGCCAAAACACUCAAGGAACCCUCCUAUCAGCCAUAACAUCACUAUCCCAGAACAGAACAGUUACAAAGAUAUGAGGAAUCAGAGGAAUUAUAGUGAACAAGGGCAUAAGGGGUUGAAACGAGCUACACAAAGAAGGAAUCCGCAAGUUCCAAGACCUCCUAUAUCAGGUGCACCAAGCACAAGUGUGGCUAGUGAGACUUCAAGAGUCCCAAAGGCAAGAAAGACAGCACAUGGUAGAGGAGCUAAGCCAACACCAACAACAACAGAUUUUCACAACCCGCCCAACUCUCUUCCUUAA